AUGUCCUUGGAACGAGAAAAUGUUUUUGAUGUCAUAUUAAAAGCAGUUGUGGAAACAUGGGGCUCACAAAGUAUAUGUGAGAAGUAUCUGAUGCAUACUCUUGAUCAGUUUGUAGAAGCUGACUAUACUCUUGUAUAUUUUCAUUAUGGAUUAAAUAGCAGAAACAAGUUACCUCUAAGUUGGCUUUGGGAAGCAUAUAGAGCUUUUGGGAGAAAGUACAAGAAAAAUUUAAAAGCAUUGUAUCUAGUCCAUCCCACAAAUUUUAUUCGGUUUGUGUGGAGGUUGUUUAAACCUGUAAUAAGUGCUAAAUUUGGCAAAAAAGUCAUGUAUGUAAAUUAUUUGCAUGAGUUAAAACAGCAUUUACAUUUUGAUCAACUUGCCAUUCCAAAGCCAGUUUUAGAGCAUGAUAAAAAACUUGUUGCUAUUGCAAAAAAUCCAAAACUGACAUCUUCCAGUUCUUUUCAUACAAACUUACCAUCUUUUGAAACUCAGCAAUUUAGAGUUCCAAUUUCAUACAUUAAGGAGCAUAACAAGGGGGAUCCUAUACCACGUGUUAUGAGAGAAUGCAUUGCCUACUUAGAUAAUGAUAAUGCUCUGGAAACUGAAGGCAUUUUCAGGCGGUCGGCCAACACCAAAAUAGUACAAGAAGUUCAGUCUUUAUUUGAUGAAGGGAAACCUGUCUGUUUUGACGAUUAUGGAGAUAUACAUGUUCCUGCUGUGAUAUUAAAAACUUUUCUCAGAGAAUUAGACGAGCCAAUUCUUACAUUUGAGCUAUACGAUGAAAUCAUGACUUUCCAAGAGUUGACGUCAAUCGAGAAGUUACCUGUUGCCAAAUCACUCAUAUUGCACAGACUUCCAGAAGAUAAUUAUGAAGUUCUGCAUUAUUUGUUUGAGUUUUUAGUAAAGGUUGUCGACAGAAGUGACCUGAACAAAAUGACAGCAUCCAACCUAGCCAUCGUUUUCGGACCAAAUCUUCUGUGGGCUCGAAAUAAGCAGGCAUCUUUGUUUUCUAUCACAAAAAUUAAUCAUUUCACUGAGUUUCUCUUGAAGUACCAUGAUUUGAUUUUUGCUAAAUAAUCCAUUGAAUGAGAAGAGCUGGUGCUAUAGCGUGUAACUUCCCAGUGAUCAGCUAGUUCGCUGAUGUGCAAAACUUAUGUAGGAAGGACUUUAUUGCCUAGUUUUCAGUAAUUAUUGUCAGUACUGAACGGGGUUGCUACCUUUCGGUUGCGAGACGCACACGUUAGCAAAUGUGGCAUGACAUUAAAGUAUAUUUAUAGAAACUGUUAUUGAAGACCUCUUAGUAUCCGUGUGCUAUCACUGUGUGAUAUUCUUGCUCAAGAAAUACUCAAUAGUUGUUCAUGUUUAGUAUUGGCAUAUCAUUAAAACAAAAAAUAUGUGUUU